AUGCCGCCUAAGACCCCACCAAAGUGGUACCUCCAGUACGAGGCGGACAGUAUGAACCAUGGACCCAUCCCAGCCGGUGUCAGCGUCGGAUCUGGCGCUGACGGUACUCCCAAAUACUGGAUCACUUCUGACGGCAAGCAAAGGGUCUUCUCGCGUCAUCCGCUCACUCCUGAUGGAAGGAUUGAGUGGGGAGGCUUGCUGAAAUUGGCUGGAGAAGAGAAGGGCAGCAGAGCCGACUUUGUUGGUGUCGCGCAUCCGCCAAUGGUAUACAAGCCGAGCGAAUGGCUGUGGAAAACGGGAGGCAGCCUCCGAGCGACCUUGGUCAGCGCGCUUGGGAUUUCUGGUGUGAUCACAUCAGUGAAUGAUCUUGGUACAACGGAAAACUUGGCUGCGGUCAAGGAACUUACGAGCACCCACCAUGAGCUUUAUCACCCUUGCGAUCGAAAGAAGCUGGCCAUAUUCGACAAAGAACAUGAUUUCUCCUGUUGGACUCGUCAUUUCAAGAGAGGGCUGAUCAUCGUGGGUCCUGAGCUUGACAAGAACCUUAACAAUUGGGAUGCCUUCAGGCAAGCCCAACCCGGCCGUCGCUCUGCUGUCCGCGCACGAUACAGCACCGGAUACCAAGAAGAGUUCCGACCAGUUGUUCUUGGGUGUCUUCCCACUGCUAGAAAGACAGUCAAAUGGUUCUACUUAGAACCAGUCGAGUUCGCCAAGCCGGGUAUUGCAGAUCUGUGGGAAGGUUGCAACUGGGCCAGCCAGGCCCCCGGUUUUGGCUAUGACGACACCGAGAAGUUUAUUUGGGCUGCCGUUCUAAUCCAACGUUCGAUCCUGUUGCGAGCUGCCCCAAUUGGAAACGAUAAAUUGGGCGACGCUAUAAGGCAAUACGGACAGUAUCUUGCCGGAACGGGUGGUUACGGUAUCAAGAGCUUCGGUUACAACACGGCGGCUUACUCCUCGUCCUCUCCGAAUGUCACCUUUCAUAAACUCACUCGGUGGAUCCUCGCUUCCGACGAGAACAGCACCGCAAAGCGCCACGCGAAGGCCUGGGACAAGGCCAUUUCGCUCGUCGUUCUCCAACGAAAGUCGCUGACUGGGGAAGACUGGAAGAACGUCCUCGAUGCCUUGGCUGCCAUACAAAAUGGUAUCUAGACGCUUGACGUCGAGGUGGAGAAAGGGCGACGUCGAUGGACCUAGGUCGUGCGAGGUACGAGAUCUUUCUUGCGAGUUCCUGGUCGCUCAACCUGAUCUCUGGGGGCAAAAACUUCGGAAGCCAGGUUGCGGUGAUUCAUCAUGGGAAGACGUAGACAUCUUGUUGGAGGCUUAACACAACUGUACCUAGGUACCAAUAAAACUAC